GACUGCCAACCCCAGAAUUAUUCCAACUUCAUCAUAUAUAUCUCUAGUUUCUAGCUGAGAUCUCUGUUACAUUUUCACCUCUUAGAGAAAAAUAAAGCUCUCUUCCAAACCAUAAUCUCUCUCUAUCUAUCUCUUAAAGUUCCAAUGACUGAAGAAGAGUCUGUGAAAAGAAAAGUGAAGCAAGUUGAAGGAGACAUAAAUGAAGCUGAAAAUAUGAGAAAUGGAGUCAAUAAAGGUGCUUGGACCGCAGAAGAAGACCAAAAACUGGCCGAGGUUAUUGCCAUUCAUGGUGCAAAAAGGUGGAAAACGAUUGCAGCCAAAGCAGGUCUCAAUCGCUGUGGGAAGAGUUGCAGACUAAGAUGGCUGAAUUAUCUGAGACCUAACAUAAAGAGAGGCAAUAUAUCAGAUCAAGAAGAAGAUUUGAUCCUCAGGCUCCACAAACUUCUUGGGAACAGGUGGUCCUUGAUUGCUGGGAGAUUGCCCGGCCGAACAGAUAACGAGAUAAAGAACUAUUGGAAUUCUCAUUUGAGCAAGAAAAUAAACCAACAGAGUGAAAAAGAAAGCGAAGUUCUCAAAAGAAAAGGAUGUAAAAGAAAAGUGGACACAGAGUCGAGAGAAGAGGAAACGUCUCAAGAAUGUGGAGAUGGCUCAAACUUGGAGUUUGAUGUCGAUAACUUGUUUGAUUUUUCCAAUGAGGGCCCUGAUUUGGAGUGGAUGAGUAAAUUCCUUUAAUUGGGUAUCAUAAGCCGUAACUAUGAGCUUAGGUUGUUGGUGCACUCUCAUGCGAAUCAUCAGUAAUUUAUCUAAAAUUUUAUUGUUUCAUUCUUGGCAUUAGUCAAAUAUUUGAUGGCUAAUGAACAGAU